GUUACGAAUUUAAAACGACGCCGCCCCGCUCACUGGUAAACUCUGUCUUCCUGUCACUGGACCGUUGAAGUUCUUCGGCACUUCGCCCCCAAAACAUGUCGGUUAGGUCGUUAUCCAUCCGCCCCCAAUUUACCGCCAAAAGCUCGCCGGCGGGCGAAAUCGGAGCAAGCCCUGGCUGCGCAGUCCUCAACUUCUCGAAUUUGCGGAGAGGUCCCUCAAGAAGUCGAAAUUUGAGCUUGAGGUUGUGUAUGGGUAGCGGCAAUGGAGGAUUCGGACAGACCCCUCAUGGGGUCGGCGACAAAGAUGGCGUCAUCAUCGUCGACCAUGGUUCGCGCCGCAAGGAAUCAAAUCUCAUGUUAAUUGAGUUCGUGAGCAUGUUUAGAGAGAGAACUGGGUACCCAAUUGUGGAGCCUGCUCAUAUGGAGUUGGCGGAACCAUCAAUUCGGGAUGCAUUCAAUUCGUGUGUUGAACAAGGGGCUGAUCGUGUAAUUGUGAGCCCGUUCUUCCUCUUACCGGGAAGACAUUGGAACCAGGACAUUCCAUCCCUGACAGCUGAAGCUGCAAAGGAGCAUCCUGGUGUCUCGUAUAUAGUAACUGCACCCCUCGGCCUCCAUCCGCUACUUGUGGAUGUUAUGAAUGAUAGGAUCAAUCACUGCUUAAGCCGUGUUGCUGGAGAUGCAGAGGAGUGCGCCGUUUGUGCUGGAACAAACAAAUGUCAGCUCCAUUGAUUCAUGCAAAGCGAACAAAAAAAUAGGAUGGCACACGCAAUCAAGGGACCAUUUCAGCUUUAAACCAGGAGAAUGAUUCCUCAACUUGGCUAAUCAUAUAACUUAGCUAAGCAGUUGUUGUGGCUGGGAUUUUGAGGGCGUGGCAUUGCGUUGGAGGACCCGGGUUCACUUAACAAACUCCUCACUUCCCAAAUAGUUGGAACAAGGCUUUCUGGACCAUUGAUUUUUUGAUGGAUGGCAAGUCGAUUUUUUUCAUCAAGGAUCAAAUGGAAAGAUCGAUGAUCUUGCAACAUAAAACGAUGUAGAGAUGUUCCAGAUGUUAUCUUAGGACCUUAAUUAUGAAUCCCUUCUAUAUAUUUUGUCAA